AUGGCUGAGCAGGUGCAGCUAAUGUUGCAAGUCAUGAUGCUGUUGCUGUUGUUAUUUAAUUUUCCAUUUGUUAUAGUAGAAGCACAAUCUAUAGCAAAGGCUGGUUGUGAUGAUCAGUGUGGGGGAGUCAGGAUUCCAUAUCCAUUUGGAAUGAAUUCCAGUUGCUACUUAGAAGAGAGUUACAAAAUAGAUUGCAACUCUAGCACGCCCACAAUUCACAUAAAUGGCACCAAUCUGGUGGUGACAGAAAUUUCAGUUGGAGUAGCCAAAAAUACUACCAUUCACGUCAAUUUACCAAUCGUCUUCAAAGAUUGCGAGAAGACUCUCAGCAGCAGUAAUUCCUACGAUGUAUUCGUUGUCGACUUGAAAGGGAGUCCUUUUGUUUUUUCUGAAACUGACAAUUGGUUCAUUGGAGGGGGUUGUAAUAACUUAGCGCUGCUGGCCAACAAUGAAUCAAGUUGUUUUGGUGGAUGCAUGUCAAUUUGUGAGGAAGACGGAAUGGUUGCCUCUACAAUUAAAUCUACUAGUUGCAGUGGCAUCAACUGCUGCCAGACCACAAUCCCUUCAAAUCUUAAGCGUUAUCAGAUGACACAAACCAGACAGUCGUUCAAUGUUUCUGCCGCGAUGGCUUUCAAGGCAGCCCCUACGUUUCUGACGGUUGCUACGAUAUCAAUGAAUGCGAGAUAUACGGUGCCGACGCUUGCUAUAGCAGGGCCUUCAAAUGCGAAAACACCAUUGGUUCCUACCAGUGUGUGA